GAAAGUAUGAUUUGCAGAGGAAUCAUUCUCUUCCUCGUCCUCUCUCACUCACAACCCUACACACAUAUCAUAUAAUUUUAAAAGUACCAUUUAUAAAAUAUUUGUAAUAAAGAGAAGAGAAAUAACUAAAUAAACAAAACUCUUAUCUUCUUCAUGAGAAUCAUUUCCUCUCCACAAAACCAUGCCUUCUUAAAGCUCUCUUCUAAUUUUUCUCAAUAAUCCAUCCAUAUAUGGCUUCAUGCUGAGAUCAUAUGACCAAUAUGGUUCCUCUUGAACCCUCACCUCUUUACGGCGUUUUCAGCUACGGCGUUUGCAGCAGCGGCGGAGGCGGCUUCAGGGAGGCGGUGAUGAUGAGAGAAGCAACAAUAAACAAUCAAAAUUCUAGUGGAGAAACAUGUUCCGUCUCCGAUCCAAUAGCAGCUUCUAAUGAAUAUUAUUAUAACAUAUCUUCUCAUCCGGCCAACAAAGACGACGGAUCCGCCUCCAAGAACGACGUCGUUGCGUCUACUAACAUAGAAGACGGUAACAGAGACAAAUCUUGGCUCCGCUUAGGUAUAGGCCCUGAGGAAAACAAUAACGCGACAUCAUAUAAGAUCCAACGUCGUUGUGGCAAAAACGCAAGUGGAAGAGAAAAUUCGUUAGACCUCAGUUUGUUUACCUCAUCCUCAACCGCGGCAGGAGCGGUUAGAAGUAAAGUAGAUCACCCGCAGCCGCCACAUUCUCAUCAUGAGUUGCUCACGAUGCGGGGAGCGUCUUUGGUUUACGAUCACCAGUUAUUUCGGCCUCAAACGUUACUAAACCGCGGCUAUUCGUUUCCAUUUUCAAAGCCAUCGAUACCUCAAUAUACGGCGCCAUUUAGACCGUCAUCAAUAGGAAUGAUGAGUGAGCGUGACGUUACUAUCAGUAAUAGCUUUACAAGGAGUUGGUGUGAGGAGGAGGGAGGAGCUGGACCAAGCUCGGAGUUUAGGGUUAUUGAUCCUCCAAAAAGACCACAUUCUGGUCUUUGGUUUCUUCUCCAAGCUUCGCAAUUUCAGGAAAAGAAACCGUUCUUACAUCAAGUAAACAAAAGCUACUUGAGAAUCAAAGAUGGGAGAAUCACAGUUAGAUUGCUAAUUAAGUACCUUAUGACGAAGCUUCAGUUGGAUAUCGAGUCUGAGGAAACUGGAAAACGAGAGGGGAACUAUUUAACUGGCCUUUUCAUGAGUUUCAGGCUAUAACAUAGUUAUUGGUAAUAAUUUAUAAUAAUGCUAUUUGUGGAAUAAAACAAGUCUGGGUCAUCAGGCAUGCUUGCUUUGAGAAUAGUAUAAACCAGAAAAUAAAGUAUAUCUUAAUGCAACCUCAAAAAGCUUACAAGCGUAUGUGAAUGCGUAGAUGCUCUCGUUAUCAGAAUUGACAUUAAUCCAAGUAUAUUAUGUUCCUAUGGAGUCUAGAUAGGCUCACAAAUACAUAUCCAUGCGCAAAGAAUCAACUGCAUGCGUAGGUGUGCUUGCAUGUGUAUACACAUAGUAUACAUUCGAUCUACCAGGUUCAGAAAGCUGCCGUUUAGAUAUUAGGUGGUGAAACACAAAUUUUGAGUUUCACCUUAAUUGGACGAGACAAGCUAAUCGACUCGGCUAGGUACCUAAUUUAUCAUAUACAUGAUUUUUAUUCUACAUUACAAAAGAAUGUAACUUUCUAAAACACUAGUUGAGUAAAUUAACGUCUUAGCAUCCUUCUACGUGGUCAUACGUACGGGUAAAUCUUCUUAAAAUUUUAGUUGUGUUAUCUCGUUGAUGAUUGGAUGACGUCUUGAUUGUUGAGAUUAGAGAUCAGUGUCUGUCUACUAAGACGCACUCUAUCAGACUUUGGAUAAUAAAUAGUGUGAUUUUAGUUCAUUGAUGAUUUGAUGUCGUCUUGAUUGUUGAGAUUAGAGAUGAGCUUCUACAAAAACGCACACUUUCAUCAUAGUUUAGAUAACAAGUAGUAUGAUUUUUGAUUUAAAACAAAAGACUUCAAAAUUGUCUAGCACCAGUAAUUCAAUUAAUGUAAACGGUAGUAAGAAAUUAUGGAAAAAAUGGUAAUAACAUAGCCUGAAAUUAUUUCAUAAAAAUCAAAUUAUGAAAAGUUGGAUUUCACGCAAAAUACAAUUAACGAUGAAAAAUAGCUUUCCGUUUAAUGCUGAAGUUUCCAUGUUUUAGCUUAUUUUCUUGAGAGCAUGCAUGUCGCCACAAGAAUAUAUAUUGAUAUUUGGUCCGCGCAUUGUGACAUAUAAUAUUCUUAUUCAAAUAAGUUUUUGAUGAAAAACGUGAAUUGAAAGCAUUGAUGCAUGCAUGGCUAACUUUGUCUUUUCCAUCGAGCCAAAAGAAAAUUUAUCCCCCACUAACAAGCAUAUUAAAAUUUCCCUAAUUAAUAUUUGGAUAGUUUAAUAAUUUUCCUAGUCAACUAAUUAGUUCACAAUCCAUGUAAAAGUCAAUCCAAAA